AUGGAUCAAACCAGGCACAUUGCAGGUACUGAAAAAAAUUCGGUUUUAAAACCGGAGAAAGGAAGGGAAAGAGCUCCGCAUACAAAACCUCCCUUCACUUAUGCAGAUAUCAAGAAAGCGGUACCACCCCAUUGCUUUGAGCGUUCCAUCGUUCGCUCAUUCUCCUACCUUGCCUUCGACCUCAUUUUCGGAUACUUUUUUUAUGUCACGGCCACAACUUACAUGAUCACUAAACCUGAAUCAUUUUCAUCCGGACUCGUGUACCUUUUCAAUUGGAGUGUCUAUUCACUCCUUCAAGGUUCUGCUUUCGCGGGACUCUUUUUCUUAGGCCACGAAUGUGGUCACCACGCCUUCACUGAUUACGAGUGGCUCGACGAUACUGUAGGCUACAUCAUCCACACGGUGAUUCUAUGGCCUUACUUUUCGUUUAAAUACAGUCAUCGACGCCACCAUGCCAAAACCGGACACGUCACUCAAGAAGAAGUCGAGACCCCAAUGGUCAAGUCCCAAGUACCAUACGCAUUCAGAAUCGUUAAGCACACAGCAGGCAGAUUACUGGCUGUGAUCUUCCUCCUAUUCUCCGGCGUGCCCUUGUACUUGUUUUUCAAUUUUCGCGGUCGAACUUACGAAAGAUUCGCCUCACAUUUGGAUCCCACUAGUCCCAUGUUCUCAAGCCGCCAACGCAAUUACAUUUUACUCUCAAAUCUUGGCAUUUUUGCGGUCAUAUUCGGGCUAUACAAACUAGCCAUGAUCAAAGGAUUCGCUUGGGUCGCUUUCGUUUACGUAGGACCAUAUUUAGUACAAGGUGCUAUCGUGACCAUGAUCACUACACUUCAACACAUCGACCGCACAGUGCCUUACUAUGAUUCCACCGAGUGGGAUUGGCUAAGGGGAUCAUUGGCCUCUAUUGAUAGAGAUUAUGGUACGAUCCUUAACGUCGUGUUUCAUCACGGACCUACUUCUCACGUGGCUCACCAUUUGUUCCCUUCGAUGCCUCAUUAUCACGGCGACGAGGCCACAAGAGCGUUCAAGCAGGUUUUGGGGGAAUAUUAUCAGUAUGACGAUACUCCCUUUUACAAAGCGCUGUGGAACAUACUGAAUGAGUGUAUUUAUGUUGAGGAGGAUGCAGGUGACAAAAGCAAAGGGGUGUUUUGGUAUAGAAGUAUAUCAGAUUAUCUACUUUAA